GAAGAUGGCGGCGGUGCUGGAGCGCAGCUUCAUCGAGAUCUGUGGAUUUGAGAGGGAAACUCUGCAGCGGUUCAGAGACGUGACCGUGGACCUCGGUCUGAGCGCUCUCCCUGGUGGCCAGAAGUUCCCGGACAGUGCUGGUGCGUUUCACUAUGAGGAGAGUGGGAAGUUGCUGUCAGUCACCAGUAACAGAUUCAUACACUGGUCCACGUCAGGAGACACGGUCCAGCUGGUGGAGCAGUCUCUGGACACCAAUCUGCUCAACAAUGCCGUCAAACUCAGGUUCACCCACUGUACUGUUCUGCCCGGGGGGGUCAGCAUCCAGGAGACCCUCAACAAUGUCAUCAUCCUCAUCUCCACCAAUCAGAGCGUCCACAGGCUGGUGCUGCCCCACCCCACACGCAUGUACCGCAGCGAGCUGGUGACCGAGCUCCACAUGCAGUCCGUCUUCACUGAUGUGGGGAAGCUGAGUCUGCAGGACCCGUCUCACAGUGCCGUCAUCCCAAGCCAGGUGGGACAUACGGGGAGUCCCAGCACCUCUGCAGCCUGGCUCAGUUACCAGGGGGAGGCUCACUACGCCCUGGCUUCACCUGCAGGAGGCAUCAUUGUGGUCACUCUGCCGCCCCACGACUCUCAGGGCGGCGUGUCGGUGCUGGAGCUGAAGAGGAGCUCCAUGAUGCAGAGGCUGUCGGGCUGGAUGCCCACCGCCAUCCGUGGGGAGCAGAGUCCUCCAGACCUGGCCCUCAGUCUGGCCGUCAGAGAGCUGGAGGAAGACUCCUUCAUCUUCGCCCUCUGCCAGGACCACAGACUGCGCAUGUGGUCCCUCAGGGAGCAGGCUUGUCAGCUGGAGGCCGACGUGUUGGACUACAUGCCGGCCUGUAAAGGAGUGAAGCGUCUGUCGGGUCAGGGUCACCGUCUCCGGCUCGCCUUCUCGUCCUCCACCGGCCUCUGUCUGUCCCUCUACCUGGCCGUCCCUCAGAGAGGACAGUUCACCGUGCUACAGCUCACCUCCACCGACAACAACCGCUACAGCCUGGAACACAUCUCCACCCUGUUCACCACACAGGAGACUCUGGUGGAUUUCCACCUGACCUCCACAGAUAUCUGGGCUCUGUGGGUCGACGACUCGAACACCACUGUGAUCAAGUACAUCAACUUUGAACAUAACACAGCAGGUCAGUGGAACCAGGUGUUUGUUCAGCCUCCACCAGAGGAAGAAGUCCAUAUAGGAGUGGACCAGGACCCCCGAGAGACGUACCUGGAGGUUCUCUUCUCUCCUCUACGCUUCACGGCCUCGGCCAUAGUGAAAGCUCUACAGAUCUAUCGACGCGGUUCAGAGAGGAUCCCUGAUGCAUCAUGGGAAACUCUGAAGAAGGAGGUGACGGUUGCUGUGGAGAGUGAGCUGCAGAGCAGUGUGACAGAGUUCGAGUUCUCUCAGGAAGAGUACCGUCAGCUGCAGGUGGAGUUCUGGUCCAGGUUCUACUCCUGCUGUCUUCAGUACCAGGAGUCUCUGUCCACUUCUCUGGGUCUGAGCGUCAGUCCCCACACAGGUCUGGUCUGUCUGCUGAAGAAGGGUCUGGUCUCCUUCCUCCUACCGUGUUUUGCUGUGGAUCAUCUGUAUCUGUCCUAUGACGAGUAUCUGCUGUCAGAGGAGGAGACGCCCAUCACUGAAGAUGUGGAUCUGGGUCGUGAUGUGCUGCAGCUGGUCCAGUGUCUGCGUCUGGUCAGUGAUGCUGUUUCUGGGGAGAUGUCGUAUCAGAUGGAGACAGCUGUGGAACAUCUGGAGUCUCCAGAGAGAUCAGCUGAUCUGGUCUUGGAGAACUUGCUGUCCAAUGACAAUGAGAACGUCAUCGAGGACAUCCAGAACAAGUUACAGGACAUCCGAAACCCGCUGGCGGCCAUGAUGGUCCUGCUGAGGGAACUGGACCUGGAGACGGACUCGGAGGUCUCAGCAGAAGGACCCGUCUCUUCUGGUCAGAGUCUGAACGUGAGGAUCAGCCUGUCUCAGCUGUAUGGCAGCAGCUCCGCCGUGUCCGUCGUCUGUCAGGCCGUCGCUCACCUCGCCAUGACCAGAGCGCUGUUCUGUCGAGACCUGCUCAUCCUGCAGAAACUCUACCUGCGCUUUGGAGACAACGUGUUUCUGGGUGGGGGGGCUCAGCUGCUGCAGCUCCAGCAGGACCUGAUUCCUCGGAGCUCCCACCUCCUGUCCUCAUACCACCUCCUCAAACACGUCAGUCAGAGCCUCGCCUCCUCCGUCCCCAUGGACAUCAUAGACGCCAACCUGCAGCACCUCACAGUGUUGGAGCUGUCUGACGCUCCUGCUGUCUCCACCAACAGAUCAGUGCUCAGUCCUCAGACAGUGGUGGAGCUCUUCUAUCAGACUGUAGCCAGGAGGAUCAUCAUCUCUCAGAUCUACAGUCAGCAGCAGAGCCCCUCCCCCUCCCUGCUCCUCUGGACCCACAUGAUCUCCAACGUGGUCCACCUGCUCGCUCAGCUGCUUUGGCCCAGUAACCCUGGUUUCCAGUUCCCAGAGUGUCUGAUGGCCAAUUGUCAGUACACUCAGCUGCAGGAGUAUGUGAGGCUGAUUGGUCCGUGGUGUCAGGUGAACAUCGGCUCCUGUCGCUUCAUGCUGGGUCAGUGUUACCUGGCCAACGGGGAGGGCCAGAAGGCUCUGCAGUGUUUCCAGGAGGCGGCAAUGGAGGUGGAGAAGGAGGAGUUUCUGAUGAGACUGACGGGCACCGAGGAGGAAGAAGCUGCCUCCACCCCCAGAUUACAGUACUACAACAAGGUGCUGCGGCUGCUGGAGGACGUGGGUCUACCUGAGCUGGUCAUCCAGUUGGCCUCUCUGGCCAUAACAGAGGCUGUCAGUGAUGUCAGCAGUCAGGCGGCUCUGUGGACUCGGAUCUUCAAACAUCAUCUGGACCUGGGUCACAACAGUGAAGCCUACGAAGCUCUGACUCAGAACCCAGACAGCAGCAUGCAGCUGGAUUGUCUCCGUCAGCUCGUGGUGGUUCUGUGUGAACGCUCUCAGCUCCAGGAUCUGGUCCAGUUCUCCUACGUCAACCUGCACGACGAGGUCGUCAGUAUCAUCGAGUCUCGGGCCAGAGGUCUGGACCUCCUGGCUCAUAACUACUACGAGCUGCUCUACGCCUUCCACAUCAACAGACACAACUACAGGAAAGCGGGGACAGUGAUGUUUGAGUUGGGGAUGCGUCUGGGUCGUGAGGUCAGGACUCGUCUCGGUCUUCAGAAGCAGGUGAACUGUUACCUGGCUGCUCUCAACUGUCUGCGCCUCAUCAGACCAGAGUACGCCUGGAUCGUCCAGCCCGCCUCCGGAGCCAUGUACGAGCGUCCAGGAGCGUCUCCUAAGAGAAACUCAGACGGAGAGUUUUCUUCUGAACCAGUCAAACGUCAGGUCGACAUCCUGGAACUCAAGGACCUGGAGAAAGAGUACAUCCUGUCCCGCAGCCGCCUCACCCUCGCCCAGCACCACCCGCCUUCUGCCGCCAUUGCUGGUAGUGCGUCAGAGGUGGAGAUGGUGGCCCUGCUGGUCCAAACGGGACUCUUUGACUCAGCUCUGUCUCUCUGUCAGACCUUCAAACUGAGCCUGACCCCAGUCUUUGAAGGUCUGGCCUUCAAGUGUGUCAGGCUUCAGUUUGGGGGGGAGGAGGCUCAGAACGAAGCCUGGAGCUGGUUGGCUGAUAAUCAGCUGUCAUCAGUCGUCAACACCAAAGAGUCGAGCGCUACAGACGAAGCCUGGCGGCUCCUGGCCUCUUACCUGGACAGGUAUCCUUCCUCUAACGGACAGCAUCACCGCUGUGUCAUCAACAAGCUGCUGUCACAUGGAGCCCCGCUGCCUGAUUGGCUGGUCAAGUCUUAUAAGGCUGUGGAUGCGGCAUCUCUGCUGCGUCUCUACCUGAACUUUGACCUCCUGGAAGCUGCAGCUGAUCUGGUCCUGGAGUACGUGGACGCUCUGCUGGGGAGGGGACACCAGUACUUUGGAAUAGAGAGGCCUCUGUCUGCAACCUGGUCUUCGGUCUGGUUGCCGUACACCUCCAUCGAUCAGCUGCUUCAGGCACUCACUGAGACUCAGACCAACAGCUGUAUUUAUAACAAAGUUCGAGACAAACUGGACGAGUAUCACCGGCUGGUGGAUCAGACGAGCCGCCGCAGACUCCUCGCUCGUUAGAAGACAAGUGAUGUUUAACAGAUGUAAAUACUGUGUUGACACCAGCGUCGUUCACACUGAGUGUGUGUGUUUGUUUUUUAGAAGAAUGUUGUAACAAUCGUCUCCAUCUUUUGUACUUGUCUGUUUUUGCUGUAAAUUGUAUUGAAAUUAAAAGUUUCU